AUGAGGGCCUCGACAACCCGCACCUCCUGGUGCUGGUACGCUGCUCUCGGAGCUCUGCUGCCAAGCGUGCUGGCAAACCCCAGCCCAGCGGUCAAUGUAGCUCUGCAGGCUUCAUUCGACUCAUCCCCAUACCUUGUCGAAUUGCUGGAGACCGCCGCUGAAGAGAACUCGACUGCCUACUUCCCAUUGCUUGACCGAAUUGCCGAUGGUGCCUUUGAGGAUGCGAUUACCGAGGAAGACCUGUACAACCGCUUCCUCCGGGUCAUUCAUGAAGACGGGCACCUGCGUACCGCGGAGAGUCUUUCUUCUUUCAAGCUUUCGCUCGCCGUUCGAUCGUCUGCCCCGCGGAUUCAAGCACAUUACCAGUUUUACAAUACCUCUGUCCAGCGGUCAUUGAUGGCUGCUCAGGAUGCUGCUUGUCCCGUUUGGGUUCACUCCGAGGGGAAGCAGUAUUGCUCUUCGGCCAUGGAGAGAGCGCAGCAGGAUGUCGAGGGAGAGUUAGACUCUAGGACACUACCCUUCGAUCGAGUCCUGGGCGAUCCGUCCCUUCCUCCGGCGAUUCUCUACGCUGACGUUUCCGCGCCCAUGUUCAAAGAUUUCCACGAGACAUUGACUGAACAGGCAAAUCAGGGGCAGAUCUCCUACCGUUUACGCUAUAGACCGCCUCAGCACUGGAGAUCCCGCCCCCUCUUCGUGUCUGGAUAUGGUGUUGAGCUUGCUUUGAAAAGGACGGAUUACAUUGUCAUUGAUGACCGUGAUGCAGAGCAGCGAGAGGAGAAAUCUGGAGACGGCAGUACAUCUGGGUUGGAAGAGCUGAAGGAGGACGCGCCUGAUGACCUGAGGCCUCUCUCGUCUUCGGAGGUGUCUAGGCUGGGUAUGAGCUCUGCGGCCUAUGUGAUGGACAGCGAGGAUCCACUUGAUGCUUUGCUCAGACUGUCUCAGAACUUCCCCGAAUAUUCAUCGACCGUGGCAGCUCACAACGCUUCCAAUGAACUGCGUAAUGAAAUGCGCGUCAACCGGGCGAGAAUGAUCCCGCCUGGAUACAAUAUAAUGUGGAUCAACGGUAUGCAGAUUGAUCCUCGACAGGUUGAUGCCUUCUCUCUUCUGGAUAUUCUGCGUCGAGAGAGAGUUCUCAUUCAGAAGUUCCGGGACCUAGGAAUUUCCGCCCAAGAGGCAGUGAAGCUACUGUCGCACCCGCUUCUCGCAGAAGCUCAAUCGGAGGAAGAUGUGCAGCGAUAUGAUUAUCGCGAUACUUUGGAGGGCGGCGACGUUAUUAUCUGGUUGAACAACCUAGAGAAAGACUCCAGAUAUGCUGACUGGCCAAGUGACCUCGAAGCAUUCGUUGCCAACGCAUACCCAGGACAAUUGCCACCGGUUAGCCGCGACUUGCACAAUGUCAUCGUGCCCGUGGAUUUGUCUGAACCCGAAGACAUGCUUCUGGUUGUCAAGCAGGUUCAGACGUUCAUCAAGCGGUCUAUUCCCGUCAGGUUUGGCUUGGUGCCUACUGCUACAUCUCCUGAUUCCAUUGCCCAGUUGAAGGUGGCACAUUAUCUCCAAGAGACCUACGGGCUUUCGGGCCUCAUGCACUACCUGGAGGAGUCUGUCUCGAAACUGAAGAAGGGUGGCCCGGAGAAGUCCGUGUUUAACUCCGUAGUGAAAGAGCGGCAACCCCGCAACGAAAAGGAGGUCCUAUCUCUCGACGUCCUGUUGAAGCACGAGCAUUACAGCACUGUGGCAGCCCACACAGCUGAUUAUCAGCGCCGGUUGAGUCUGACUGGCGUCGCUCCUCAUUUCCUGGUCAAUGGUAUCCCGAUCUCCCGUGAGGGUAAUUGGAUGCAAGAGUUGAGUAUGACGAUUGGUAGAGAUCUGAAGUUGAUUCAGCAGGGUAUUGUUGAGGGAGUUUUUGAGGAAAAUGCUUGGUUGCCGGAGUUCUUCUUGGGGCCCGCCUUUGAAAGACGCAACACGUUCCUCAUGCCUGAGGACCCGAAGAGUGUGCAGAUCGUGGACCUUGCCAGUAUCUUUGGACUGAAUGUAAACUUGGGAAUCAUUCCUCGAGUCGAACCCGAUGAAGGUGUUCUGGGCGGUAUUCAUGUUGUCGUUGUUGGCGAUUUCGAAUCCAUGGAAGGCUUGAAGCUCUUCACUGACGCUCUCAAUUUCCGGAAGGAGAAUGGCGAGGUCGAACUUCUUCUGGUGCACAAUGGUGCUUUGGACGCUGAGGAGAAUACUCCAAAUCUGAACAAGAUUCAAAAAUUGAUCACCAAGCGCGAAGAUGUUGACAGUAUUCUGGCAAGCAUUGCUCAGGGCUCAGACCCAGAUGCAGAGCCACAAAGCUUGGAGGUACUUGCUACUCACCGACGACUCGCUGCCAAGCUCGGAUUUGCGCCCGGAACUGAGGGCCUUGUUGUUAAUGGAAGGGCGGUUGGUCCUAUUGGGAAGGACCUUGACUUUGGGGUCAGCGAUAUUUCUCAGCUCGUGGCCUACGAACGUUCCAAGCGUAUUGACCCCAUUGCAAGGACUUCCCUGAGUCUCGGUUUGAACACGAAGCUUUCUAAGCCACUCGACCUGGCCAAACUUACCUCACUCGUAUCGCUUUCCUCGAUCCCGGACGUUCCAGAGGGGAUUUUCGAAUCCACACCAGACUUCCGAUUGGAUGUUUCUAACAAGUGGAAGACCGAGCACUCUGUCAUUACUGUGUCCAACUCUGAGGAUCCAGCUAUCAACUUUGCAAUAGUCCUGGACCCUGCUUCUGAGGUGGCUCAGACAUGGCUGCCCAUUCUCAAGGUCGUUUCUGAACUGGCUGGUGUUCAGCUCAAGAUUUUCUUGAACCCCAAGGAGGAGCUUUCAGAGCUUCCUGUCAAGCGGUUCUACCGCUACGUGCUGGAACCGGAGCCAUCCUUUGCGUCUGAUGGAUCUUUGUCUCGUCCUGGCGCGUCCUUCACUGGCGUGCCUGUCGAGGCCUUGCUUACGCUUGGUAUGGAUGUACCUUCCUCGUGGCUUGUUGCACCACAGGAAUCGGCGUAUGACCCGGACAACAUCAAGCUGAGCUCGCUCAAGCCGGGAACCAACGUCGAUGCGAUCUAUGCUUUGGAGCAUAUUCUGAUCGAGGGUCACUCUCGGGAUGUCACCACCAAGGCUCCCCCACGUGGCGUCCAGCUCAUCUUGGGAACAGAAGACAAUCCAUACUUCGACGGUACCAUCAUCAUGGCAAACUUGGGUUACUUCCAGUUCAAGGCCCAGCCUGGCGUAUGGCAGAUCAAUUUGGAGCCCGGCCGUAGCGAAAAACUCUUCAAAAUCGACAGUGUUGGCGGCUUGGGAUAUCGCCCUCAGCCGGGUGACGAAAACAAUGAAGUCACACUCAUGUCUUUCCAGGGCCGAACACUCUUCCCACGGCUCUCCCGCAAGCCCGGCUACGAAGACGAAGACGUCCUAGAAACCGGACACAAGUCUGGCUCAACGAUGGACUUCGUCUCAAAGGGCCUUAACUUCGCCUCCGGCGUCCUCUCCAGCGUUGGGGUACGCUCUAAGGCCGCCAGCGGACAACACGCAGACAUCAAUAUCUUCUCCGUCGCCAGCGGCCACCUUUACGAGCGCAUGCUGAACAUCAUGAUGGUCUCCGUAAUGCGCCACACAAAGCAUACUGUCAAAUUCUGGUUUAUCGAACAAUUCCUCUCUCCCUCCUUCCGCGCCUUCCUCCCCCACUUAGCCGAGGAAUAUGGCUUCUCCUUUGAAAUGGUCACCUACAAAUGGCCGCAUUGGCUCCGCCAUCAGCGGGAGAAGCAGCGCGAAAUCUGGGGUUACAAGAUUCUUUUCCUGGACGUCCUGUUCCCCCUAUCUCUGGACAAGGUCAUCUUCGUCGACGCAGACCAGAUCGUCCGUACAGAUAUGUACGACCUCGUCACGCACGACCUCCAGGGCGCACCUUACGGCUUCACGCCCAUGGGCGACUCGCGGACAGAAAUGGAAGGCUUCCGAUUCUGGAAACAGGGUUACUGGUCCACCUUCCUUCGCGGCCGACCAUAUCAUAUCUCCGCUCUGUACGUCGUGGAUCUCAACCGCUUCCGUGCCCUUGCGGCCGGUGACAGACUGCGUGGUCAAUACCAAAUGCUCUCUGCGGACCCCAACAGUCUAAGCAAUUUGGACCAGGACCUUCCAAAUCAUAUGCAGCAUCAUAUUCCCAUUCACAGCCUGCCGCAGGAGUGGUUGUGGUGCGAGACGUGGUGUUCAGAUGAAGAUCUCGCGACUGCGAAAACCAUUGAUCUCUGCAAUAACCCGCAGACGAAGGAGCCUAAAUUGGCUAGAGCUAGACGACAGGUUCCAGAGUGGACAAUUUACGAUGAUGAGAUUGCAGCACUGGCGAAGCGUGUUUCGAGUGAGCAGGUCGAAUUCGUGCAGACUGGAGAGGAACAACGGAAGGCCGAGGUUGAUGAGAAAGACGAGGAUGAGGACGAAGGUCAAGACCGCAAGGAUGAGUUAUAG